AUGGCUGAGUCCCUCACACAGGCUCCUGAACCGGCCUGCCCUCCAAGCCCAGCAUCAAGGUCCCUGAAUGGUCGUGCCUCGAGCUCUGCGACUCCAACUCCAAGUUCGAUCUCGCUAUUUUUGAAACACGACGACCUUAAAGACGAGCGCAACCUGUCGUCUAUCGCGAACGCGGGACUAAACGUCAACUCCACGCCUUUAACUGAAAGAAACAAACGGCUAUCUCAGCCUCCGAUGACGUCUACCGGUCAACGCGCAGAGGAGGAACGGAAUCGGCGCCAGAGUAGUAACCCGCAGUCUGCUAGGAGAACACCGGAAAUAACGGUUGUGGACGAAGGCCGUGACACUAAUCCCGCCCGCCCUACACGGUCCUCCAAACCCGCUCCUUCACAAGAGAAUCUGUCUCGGAGGAGUCCGUCUAGCGCUCCGGACAGUUUUACCAAUGGAGAUAAUCCACCUACACUCAUGAAUAGUUCCACAGUCGCCAGCCCCGGGCCGAUAGAAGAGCCAAAUCCGCUAGAAGAUAAAUCUCAACAGAGAGACGAGAUGGAGGAAGAAGGCGGCAAUAAAUCUUUCUCCUACCCUGUUCCCAUGCCGACCGCUGGCAACCUGAACGACCCUCGGCGCGGAAUGAGUCUUCCACAUUCGGGCCUAAACAAAUCUGGCGCCCGUUCCCCGUCUUCGAAGAAGCAUCGAUGUCCAUAUUGCGCUACCGAAUUUACUCGACAUCAUAAUUUAAAAAGCCACCUCCUAACCCACAGCCAAGAGAAGCCAUACGUUUGCCAAACAUGCCAGUCUCGAUUUAGGCGACUGCACGAUCUAAAACGUCAUACAAAACUACAUACCGGAGAGAGGCCGCAUAUCUGCCUCAAAUGCGGCCGACGGUUUGCCCGUGGUGAUGCUCUGGCCCGACAUAAUAAAGGACCUGGGGGCUGUGCUGGUAGACGGUCUAGCAUGAGCAGUUUUGUUGGUGAGGAUGAUUUUGGUGACAAUGCCGGUAGCGGCCCAGUGGCGGAAGACGGGAUGGAGGGACUCAUGUACACAGAGCCAGAUCGGAUGGAUGAAGAAGAGGAGAUGCGCCUCAAUCUCCCUUCCAUCAAAAAAGAUAACGCCUCAGACCAGUCUCAACCCGGCUCUGCUCGUCAUGUCUCCUUUCAGCAAUCUCAUCAAUCAAGCACCUAUCCACCACUCGCAGCUACUCGAUCGCAACAGAACCCCGGUGGGGGUGGGCUUUUCCCUCCUGCUAGCAAUCACCAACGGUCGAAUUCAUCCACAUCCACUAUCUCCCAGUCCCCUUCCCACCUCUCCUUUCCACCUGGCGCAUCGUCACCGUCAAUGUUUGCGCAAUCAGGCAUGACCGAAUCCCCCAAACCGCUCUCUCCAAAUAGCGCAGCGUCAAGGCAACUUGGCCAUGGCCCCGAGAAUGCCUUCCGUCAAACACACCAGCCCGGUAUGCCUCAAUAUCAAUCUCAGAUGCGCAACGGCUCGGCCGGCUUAGGUAUACCGUUUUCCUCAGUUUCAUCACCAGGAGGCACUUUAAGCCAUCCAAGCUCCCAAGCAGGCACCCCACACCUUCCACCACCAAUUGGGCUCAAUCCGCCCGACUCCCGCUUCACACUCCACUCCCAGCAACAGCAACAGGGUGCUCAUCUCCCCAACCGUACUGGUUCCCACCCGCCGCUCCAGCAUUCCCAUCAUCCCCCGCCCCCAUCAUCUAGCAUUGACAGUAACACAGCACCGAGUUCCGGUACUGGUAGUGGAAAUAGCAGCUAUACAAGCGUCCCGUCGAGUGAAGGUUUCAAUGCCAACGGCUCCCUAGCUAACAUGUCUGGGGGGUCAUAUUUCACUCACUCACCGCAUCAACGUGGGUCGAACGACCAACCAACUCGACAGCUGUCGAUUCCUAGCCCCAACCCAAAUUUACCGUCCUCGGAUCGGAUAUGGGGAUAUAUGCGAGCACUCGAGGAUAGGGUCAACGGACUAGAGAGCGAAGUUGUCCGGCUACGCGGUCAAUUAAACAGUGUAACAGGUAGCAGUGAGGCAAACCAGGAUAAAGCUGCCAGUGGGAGUGGUGGAAAAGCGGAAACGCCUUCCUCUAACCCUAUUACUCUCCCUACCUCAGUGUCCACUGCCGUUCCGGCCAGCACAUCCGCAACUGCACAAGCGACGACCGGUGGCGUCGGAAGUGGAGAACAGAUGGCUAAAACCCCGAACCCGAAUGGUUCCUAA